AUGGGUAGUAAUUUUUUAUGUGACAAAAAUUUUGGAUCCUAUUCUAUUGAUAUUCUUUUAUCUUCAAGAGCUGGAACUCUAAUAUAUUAUGGUAAACAUCAUCAAACUGACACACCAAUUGUUCUUAAAACUGUUGAAAAAAAAUAUUUACAAAAAGCUCUUAAAUGUUUUGAUUAUGAUGAAAUAAAGGCCUUGGUUAAGUUGCAAAUUCAUCGAAACAUUUUAAGACUUUUUCAAAUUAUAGAAACUGAUACACAUUAUAACAUGAUAACAGAAUUUAUAACAGGAAGAACUUUAUAUGAUUGUAUCAUACAAGAUGGACGUUAUAAAGAAAAUGAAGCACGUAAACUUUUUCAACAACUUGUUGCCGCUGUAGGGCAUUGCCAUUUAAUUGGUAUUGCACAUCGUGAUAUAAAGUUAGAAAAUAUAAUGAUAGACGGAACAAAUACAUUGCGCUUAAUUGACUUUGGUUUGUCGUCAGCUAAACUUACAAAUUUAACACAACCUUGUGGUAGUCUUCCAUAUACUGCUCCUGAAAUAUUGGCUGGACAACCAUAUGACGGAAUUAAAGUUGACAUAUGGAGUGUAGGAGUUUGUUUAUUUAUAAUGCUUGUAGGGAAAUUUCCUUUUGAAAAUAGUGGAGAUCGUAAUAAAUUGUUGUAUGAUAUAUUUUAUCGUGACUUAAAUAUACCAUUUUAUAUUUCAAUACAUGCUAAUGAUAUACUAAGAAAAAUACUUGUAAAGGACCCAACCAAUAGGCAUCAUGUAGGAUGGUUUUUAUCACAUGCAUGGUUUAAAUAUGAUUUAAAUGAGAAUAUAAAACAUCAACUUGAAAAAUAUAUUGUGACACAUGAUUAUAUAUCACGAAUGGGUAUGAAUAAUAUUAUACCUUCAACUGGGGAGGUUUUACAAGAUAUAAAUAUUACUAAAAGCCAAUUUCAAUAUUAUAAAAUUGAUAAUACUGAUGAAAUUGAGGAAGCAUAUAAAGAAAAAAAUUAUACAAAUCCAUUAUUUGCUAUAAUAAAUAUGUUAGAUUAUAAAAAUAAGUGUAAUAUGAGAAAAGAAGAUUAUAUGUCAAUUCGACCACCAUCGCCUUCUGGACGAGGAAGUAUUACAACAGGACUAUCUGUUACAGGGAUUAACGCACAAAAUACAAAAAAAGAAGGUAUUGUAAAUAAUGACAUUGAAUUGGAACCUGUUGAGUAUAUUGAAAAAUUAAAAAUUAAUAAUAGUCCAGAAGAAAGUAAUAAUAAUAGUAAUUCAUUAACAAUGAGAUAUUUAGAUAUGAGACGUCAUACAUUACAAUCAACUGACAUAAUACAACAUAAUUUAGCAAAAUUACAAAGUUUAGUUAUAGAACAGAAUCAGAAUGAUUCAUCAAAUAAAUUUAAACCAUUUACAAAUACAAUGAUACAAUCUAUUAAUGAAGAUAUUGUUGAAUGUAAUUGUAUUAAUUGUUAUAAUAAUAUAACUAAAAAUAAAAAACUUCGAAAUCAUGAUAGACAUCAACAAAAUGAAAUAUCAUUUGAACCUGUCAUUGUUGAAGGUCAAGAAUUAACAAAAAAUAGUAAUUUAAAAAAAAAGGGAAGACAAAAAAAUUCUAAUUCAUGUAUAUCAUCAAAUAAUAGUUUUAAUAGAUUUCCUAAUACACCUUAUAAUCGUCCAUCUUCAUUAACAUCAACUAAUAUUAAUAGUCCUAUAAGAAGAAAUAGUGUUGCUACAGACCAUGGUAACGGUAAUAAUGUAUAUGGAUUAUUAUCACCUAAUUAUAAACCAUUUUCAAAAAGUAGAUUAUAUUAUCAAAAAGAAAAUGGAAUUUAUGAAAAUUGUGAAGAAGAACAUCAUGGAAAUAAUUUUUUACAAAAUAAUAUUAGUACAUCAGAUAUUAUUACAAAAACUUUUCCAGAACAAUUAAAUAAAAAACAAAUAAAAGAUGAAACAAAAAUAAUUACAGUUCAUAAUGUAUCAUUUACACCACAAAUAACAUUUAACAAAUUAAAAAAUUAUUUUGAUAAGGAAAAUUGUGAAAUAUUUCCUAAAUUUAAUAUAAAUAAUUUUUUUGUACAAAUAAUGGUAAAAAUUAAUAAUUCAUUGAUAGAUGAUAAAUUAACAGAAGAACAUCCAUUUGCGGCAUGGAAAAUAAUAAUUAAUUUAUCAGAAUUAAAACAACAAACAGAAGUUCAAUGGAUAGGAGUUUUAAAUGAAUGUGAUGAAAAAGAGUAUAAUAUUUUAAUGGAAAAAUUAAUUAAAGAAUUUAUUGUUGGAACAUUUUUAAAUUUUUCAUAA